AUGGGGCUGCCCUGGCUAUGGCUGUGGCUGAAGCGGCUAGGAAUAUUCCUGCAGGUGGCUGUGGAGGUGGCUGUGGGCAAGGUGUUGAUGACACUGUUCCCAGAGAGAGCCAGGCGGAACAUCCUGGCCAUGGGUGAAAAGACCGGCAUGGCCAGGAAUCCCCGAUUCUCCCCCGACAACUGGGUCCCGACCUUCUUCAGCAUCCAGUACUUCUGGUUUGUCUUGAAGGUCCGGUGGCAGAGACUGGAAGACAGGGCUGAGCUUGGGGGGCUGGCCCCUAACUGCACGGUGAUCCGCCUCUCGGGACAGAAGUGCAACAUCUGGGAUUUCAUUCAAGGCAACCGACCGCUGGUGUUGAAUUUUGGCAGCUGCACCUGACCUUCGUUUCUUUUCAAAUUUGACCAAUUCAAGAGACUUGUAGACGACUUUGCCUCCACAGCAGAUUUCCUCAUCAUUUACAUUGAAGAAGCUCAUGCGACAGAUGGCUGGGCUUUUAAGAACAACGUGGACAUCAGGCAGCACCGGAGCCUCCAGGACCGCCUGCGGGCGGCACACCUGCUGCUGGACAGGAGUCCCCAGUGUCCUGUGGUGGUGGACACAAUGCAGAACCAGAGCAGUCAGCUCUACGCAGCUCUACCCGAGAGGCUCUACGUGGUACAGGAGGGCAGGAUCUGCUACAAGGGUAAACCUGGCCCUUGGAACUACAAUCCAGAGGAAGUCCGCGCUGUCCUGGAAAAGCUUUGCACUUCAUCUGAACACACGCCUCAGCUCUAGAGAACCAACAGGGUUCCCCAAGCUUGGCACUCCCCCACCCCAGUCCAGGUGUCCUUUAUCUUUGACCUGUGUUCCCAGCUGAACUACCAGCUCAGAUUUUUCUGAUCUAAACAAAUAACUCCCAGGGAGGCAAUGUAGGUCGCAGCAGACAACCAACACAAAUCGUUACAACCAAAAAAUAAAGCAAUACUGAGCAGUUGGCAAAAGUCAAUGCUCGGCUCCGUGCUUUUCCCACAGUGGAGACCAGCGCAGUGCGCAGCAUCCUCCGGCAGCAGGGCACUGAAGCGCCACCGGCAGACUUCUGGUGUAGUGACUCUUCUAAUGGUGUCAAGAGCUCCGACGUGGCGUCCUCGACAUUCAGCCAAUCCAUCUGACCAAAUUUGUCACUCUGAGAAUCAAUCAUUUAAAAUGCAGAACAGUUCUGUUUGUGUGUAUUUUUUUUUGUACCAAGCAGGGGUUAUAUUUCUACUUGUUAAUGAGAGAGAAAGUGUGAACCAAAGACAAUAGAAACCCUUUCCUGGCCAAAAGAUUGGAAUCAGUUGGUAUCGUUAGUGGUAGGUGUUUCCAUGGCAACACAUAUCUAAUUCUCCUCAGGUUCUCUGGUGCUGACCAGAAGCUUCAUAACUUUCACCAAACCGAACACAGGCACCAGCUAAAGCUGCCAUGCAGGCCCUGUUGAAACUCUGUCCCACUGACUCACAUGUCUCUUACUGGUCCUUCGUGUUAGAUGACAUUGGACU